AUGACUCUACUCACGCCCGAUGCUUUCGCCUCGAAGGAAUAUGAUUUCCUUGUCGUCGGUGGUGGAACGGCAGGUCUCGUUCUCUCUUCUCGACUCUCUGAGAUCGCUAGUGUCAACGUCGGCGUCGUUGAAGCAGGCGGCGACAACUCCGAAAUGACCGAGGUCAUAGUUCCAGGUCUCGCCGGUAAAGGUCUCAAUCAUGAGCGGCUGGACUGGAAGUUCAAGACUAUCAAACAAACGGGAGCGAAUGACCGUGUCAUCACUUGCCCGCGGGGAAAGGGCGUCGGAGGAUCUUCCGCGCUCAACUUCAUGGUGUACUCGAGGGCCAACGCUUGCGAGUACGACGCUAUAGAAGCGCUCGGGAAUCCCGGAUGGAACUGGGCAAAUUUCCUUCGAUACAUGAAGAAGGCCGAAACAUUCACCGAGCCGCCCGACGACAUCAAAGGACGGUAUCGCCUCGGAACAGACGCAACCGUGCACGGCUAUGACGGCCCGUUGAAGAUAUCGUAUUCACACUGGCACAAUGAGUCGCAUAACCGCUUUCUAGAUUCGAUGGUGAAUCUCGGCGUGCGUUUCAACGAGGACCCGACGGGUGGCUCCAACACUGGGGCAUCAACUGGGAUGUUCACUAUAGACCCAUCUCUCGCUGUUCGAACAUACUCCGGCAGUGCUUAUUAUCAACCCAACGCCGAGCGCACGAACUUGCACCUCCUCACUGAUGCCCAUGUUACGCGCGUUCUAUUGGACCAGACUGACGGCGAGUACGUGGCGAAGGGCGUCGAGUUCAUCAGGGAUGGGCAGAAGUACACAGUGUACGCCAAACGCGAGGUCAUACUGUGCUGUGGGAGCUUCCAAUCGCCAUUGAUUCUGGAGCUGUCUGGGAUAGGACUGAGCGAAGUGCUGAACGCUCACGGCAUACCUCAGCUCAUUGACCUUCCCGUUGGUGAGAACCUCCGUACGCGCCUCUACGCCUACUACAUGUCUGUUCGCUUAACCCAUCAGGAUCACGGUUGGAUACCUUUCAUCCACGAGGUCGACAACAGUACAGAGACGUACGAAAACUUAUCGGACCCACACUUCUACGAGAGCCAGCAGAAGCUCUACGACGAGCAACGGCGCGGAAUGUUAUCCGGUUCAUUCUCGGCAUACGCAUACAUCCCACUCAAUCGCAUCAUGGAGCCUGACAUGCUUGGUACCUUCCUGAGUGAUGUCAAGCGCGAUACUAGCCUUUGGGGAACGGCGGCACUGCAACAACAGUCCAACUUCCUCAAGAAGUGGUUCUCCGACGUGGAUCAUCCUCAGCUCGAAGUUCUUCAGUUCCCCGGGUUCUACUCGCUCAAUCAGUCCGUUCGGGAAAGGAUGAAUACAAAGCGCCGAUACCAGACCUUACUUCUCAUGGACCUUCACCCGCUCUCGCGUGGUUCCAUACACAUAUCCUCAGCCGAUCCUGCCGCCAUGCCUAAUCUCGACCCAGGAUACCUUCACAACCCUCUUGACGUGGACCUUCUCAUGGACGCGGCGCGCUUCGUGAAGAAGUUGUGCAAGACGGCGCCGUACAACGAGAUGAAGCCGAUGUUCGUUGAUCCUACUGAAGAUACCCUCGACGACGACGAGAAGCUUCGUGAUUGGGUCCGCGAGCGUGUUGAACCCAUCUAUCAUCCUGUCGGGACGUGCUCUAUGCUGCCAAGGGAGGCUGGCGGCGUCGUCGAUCCAUCCCUGAUGGUGUAUGGGACCAAGAAUCUACGCGUUGUAGAUGCCUCUAUCUUGCCCAUGGAGAUGGCCACGCAUAUCCAGUCGUGCGUGUACGCCAUUGCCGAGAAGGCGGCCGAUAUCAUCAAGCAGAAGUAUGCAUUGUAA